AUGACUUUUGAAGGUUGUGGUGGCGAACUGAAAGCAGAAGAUUACUGGCAAACCCUUGUUAGCCCACCUGGUAAAAACAUCAACUGUUAUUGGAGAAUCAAGGCUCCGGAAGGAAGCCGAGUUCGUUUUCGACUAAGCGAUGGUGAAUUUCCUUGCUCAUAUGGUUGCCAAUCAUAUGUGGAGAUCAAACAUAAACUUGACCUCAGGCUAACUGGCUUUCGAAGUUGUUGCUAUCGUCCAAAGGAAGAUACGCUAUCCGACGGCAGUCAAAUUCUGAUUAUAUUCCAUCCAAAUGGCAGAAGUGCAAGAUUUACUUUACGUUAUAUCCGACAACCGUGA